UCCCCGCCUCUGGAGGUGUGGAGCUGUGUGCGGAGUUUGAUGACUUCCAUCCAGCAGUGUGUGAUCUGCUACGAAGAGCUGACUCAAGAUCUUAGCGCCGCUCCAUGCGGGCACGUGUUUCACUCGUUCUGCAUCAACAAAUGGAAUUCGCCGGGAAGGUGCUGCCCAAUCUGCCACGUCGUGCUACCGUCGGAGCUCCUCAAGCUGUACUACGAGCCCCAGAAAGACGCACCAGAUGAAACGGCCGUCGUAGGCUGUGCGCCAGAUUGCGGGACGAAGGACGUCGAGGCUAUGGCCGCAGAAAUGGAAAAGCUCCAAAGAAAAUUGACGAAAAGUAACAAGAGGUUCAUGGAGGGCGAGAAUGCGCGCACCCAGAAAGCCAAAGAGCUGGAAGACUUGAAGAGAGAAGUCGCCGCCGCGCAUGUCGUUACCGCGAACUCACAGAAGGAACUGGAGACUGCAAAGAUCGAUUUGUUCAAGAAGCACAGGGACAACAAUAGGCUCAAGCGAGAGAUGGAAGGAAACCAGAAGCGGCUUCGCGAGAUUCAGGGGGACCAGGUGGCUUACAGCUACCUGAGCCAGUUUUCGUCUCCAGCAAGGGGGCGGGCUCUCGUUGGCCUAGGCCAGACGGACGUGGAGAAGGUGCUCGGACAGAUCCGCCAAGGAUACACCCAGGCUGACACAGUCAUCAGGAGUCAGCACGAGCAGCUUACCGGGUCGAUGGAACGAGAGCAGAGAGCCAAACGGGAACUGCGUAAGUGGAAGCAGGAGGGUGAGACGGUAGCGCUAGAGCUGCAGGGGGUGCGGUCCAGGCUAGCCAGGGCGAGGAAGGAGGUCUCCCGGCUGGACAAAGCCCUAGCCGAGGCCACCGUCAAGGCGGAGAGGCAGGCGCGAGAUCGUGAAUCCGCGUCAUCCCCGGGGCCCUCCGCCGGGACCAUCCUCGGCGACUGGGUCGCAGAAGAGAGGCCCUGCGGCAACGGCGGGGAGAGCAAGUGGGCGCUCUCCCGCAAGUCGGUCAACGGGAGGCCAGGCAGCAAGGCGCCUUCGGCCCCGCGGGCUACGGCUAGCUUGGCUUCCAAGCCGGCCAAGAGAAAACGGGUAGAGAGGGCGGACGAGGAGAAUGAGGACGACCUCGUGUCGCUUGGUUCAGAAUCGGAAGGCGAGGGCGACAGCAGCGAAGACGAGGACGAGGAGGCGGAGUCAGGCUCGCACGGAGACCCCAAAAAGACGGCGGAGAGGCGGGCGGCCUCGCGCGACGGCGGCGGCGCGUUAGGAGGGGCCGCGCUGAUAAAGCCGGGUCUACCUUCGCGCACUUUUCUCACGUCGGCGGUGGUGAGAAGCGGGUCAGGAGGACAGCCGAACCGAAAGCCCGGAAAGCUCAUCAACAAGGGGUUCAACGCCGUUGGCGGGAGACAUCUAGUAGUACGACCUUCCGCCUCUUCCUCCACGAAACCUGCCUUCUACCUCGGUGGCAAGCAGAGCCGCCUCGCCACCACUUCGCGCAACCGGACUCUCUGA